AUGCCUGCUGUGAGCGUAUGUGAUCCGGUAGCGGCUGCACUCCGACACUCAUUGGAGGUCGGUCAAUCUAAGUCCUCCACCGAGGAUAUUACUAUCUCAUUAACUAGCGGUGCGUCAAGAAUUUUACAAAGUGAAGUUCAAUAUGAAGAAACAGAUGGUUACAAAUCAAUAGUUUUAGACCAACUUAAAGCCAAGUACAUUGUAUUAAGUCUCCCGAAUUCUAACUUGAAUAAUCAUCAGUCGGAUAAUAACACAGGAUCUAAUACAGCUCGUAAGAAAAACGAACAAAUUAAUAAAAUGACAAGGCCUUCCUUGCCAGAGCCAAAAAUAACGCUCUAUCAACCGGAAAAAGUUACCCUAGGUUGGGAUAAAUCAUUUCCUGUUGGUUCCGGGUUAAUAAAUGUUGGAAACACAUGUUAUUUAAACAGCACACUUCAAGCACUUUUUCACGUACCUGCUCUUGUUAAUUGGCUACUUACUGACUCUCAUCACAAUUCUAAGUGUGAACAAAAUGCAGGCGGGGGAGAGUGUCUUACAUGUGCAAUGGCAAAAACUCUUCAAUUUAGUCAUGAAAAAUCCGGCAAUGCUAUUAAACCAUUUUAUAUUUAUAAUAAAUUAAAAUGUAAGCUUUUUAUACUAAUUUGUCGGACUAUGGUCCCAGGACAACAAGAAGAUGCUCAUGAAUUUUUACGUUACUUACUCGAAGGAAUGGAGCGUGCAUAUUUGCAGCGCCACAAAGCGACAAAAUUAGAUAGUUAUUCAAAAGAAACCACCCCGAUAAAUCAAAUCUUCGGUGGUUACAUUCGUACUGAAGUAAAGUGUCUUAAAUGCCAGCAUGUUUCAACAACCUUCCAACAUUUCCAAGACUUACUGGUAGACAUCCGGAAAGCUAACACUCUAGACGAGGCACUGUCCAGUUACUUUAGCCGCGAGGAGCUGGACAACAAUGACUACAAAUGUGAAGCAUGCAAAAAACGAGUACCAGCUACAAAACAAUUUAGCUUGGAGCAACCACCAAAAGUACUCUGUGUUCAAUUGAAGCGUUUUAGCGUACUCGGUAAUAAAAUAUCGCGUCACAUAGGUUUCAAACAGACUGUAAAUAUGGGACCUUAUUUGUGGCGUGAACCUGGAGAGCCUCCACGAAAGCUUAAUUACAAAUUAAUGUCGAUUAUAACCCACAUGGGACCAUCUGUUGGAUGUGGACAUUACACUGCUGUUGCACAAGUAUCGUCUGGUCAAUAUUAUUCCUUUGACGAUUCUUGCGUUCGUUCGAUAAAUAUUUCAAAUGUUUUUAAUACUAAUGCAUAUAUUAUGAUUUUUGAAAUGGAAAGUCCGGCUAUUAAUAAUCAACUGCCACAGAAUGUUAAGUCCAAUGGACUGUCUAAUUUAGCGACAUUUUCAAACAGUUGCUCUUUAAAAUCUUCAAGUCCUAAGCCAUCAACUUCCGGGCUUGCUGCUUCUGCUAAUGGAGUUAUUAAAUCAAAUGGUUCUUGUAAUAAAAUAAUUCGAGACUCUGACUCUUCACCUUCUCCAUCUUCGUCUUUUUCAUCCGCAAUUAUUGGACCACAAUUACCGCCAUCAAAAUUACUUGAACAAAAAACUACUCAGCAGAAAAAUUCUAAUUUUAUUGGACCAUUAUUGCCAAAAAUUUCAGCUGAAAAAACGCAACCGAGACUUGUAAUGCAAAUUAAAAAUGGAAAAGUUGCUAAUGGUAAUAAUGGCAAUAGCUUGGUGCCAUAUGAUGGCUCUAGUGAUGAAGAAGAUAAUUCCAAAAAUAAUAACUGUAAUCCAAAUACUUCCACUAAAUCUUCAACCAGUGUCUCUAAUGGUGUAACAAAGUCAGAUAAUAAAAUACCCACAGCUACAAAAACAGAUUUUAAGACACUUAAAUCUGUUAAUACGAUUGCGCAAAAAUCUUUACCAAUUCCUAGUCUUACGUCUAAUGGAUCCGCAAGCAAUAACAAUAGUUUAAAUAAUAAUAGUAAUGGCAACAAUAAUACCAAUAAUAAUAAUAAUAAUAAUAAUAAUAAUAGUAAUAAUUCUGCUGGUCAGAGAUAUCAAAAUGGUAAAAUUGAAAAUAAUAAUGGUAAAUUAUCGGAAACUAAUGGGAAAGAUAAAUGCCAUCAACCAAUUCGAAUUAAAGUCAAUAGUAAUUUAGAAGAUAAAAUUCCUACUAAAGCUGCGAGUAGUAUAAGCGGUUGGGAGGUUUCCAAAGAUGCUCCUUCUCCAACUUCGGGAGCUACACCCAAUGGUUGUGCAGCAGCACCACGAAAUUUCAACGGAACUAAUCGUUCUGACACAGUAUCGCAUCUUUAUAAGAUGUCACAUCGUGGUUACGGAUCUAGUUCAGUUACAACCUGGAACGGCUCCCGAACACAGAUGGACCGUGAGGUAGACAACGAACGACGUGAAGAACGUAAGCGUCAUUUCAACGCAGAUGAUGAAGAAAUGGACAGAGGAAGAACGAAAAAAGUAAAAUGCCAUCGAGAAUAUGAAAGCCGCUCGAAUCCGGGGUACAAUCCUUUCCAAGAGUAUCACAAUGGAAAAUCCUGGAACCGAUCAAACGGCGGUGGAAAUUAUCGACGAUACUAUAAUAAUAAUAAUAAUAAUAAUAAUAAUAAUAGUAAUAAUAAUAAUAAUAAUAAUAAUUCGAGUUAUAAUCGACAGGGUCACGGAAAUUACCGACAUAGAUAUCAUAAUAAUCAUCGUGAUCACUAUCAUCGUAGGUAGAAUGCAAUAG